CUAUUUUAGGGUUUAAACCAAACACGCGCAUCUUUUUUCUCUCUCUCUUUUUAAGAUAAACAGUCUUUGCCAAAAACCUUUAAACCCUUAAAAAACACAGGGUCAAAAAAUACCAAGAGAGAAAAACCGAAAACCUAUGUAACUAUUAAUUGAAAAAAUGGAUAAGAAUAUUUUUGGAGAGCUAGAUAAUCUUCCUGAUGAAGAUAAGCAAAGAAUGUCCACCAUGGUAGAACAGCUCCAAACUCGAGAUAGUCUUAGGAUGUAUAAUUCAUUAGUGGAGAGAUGUUUCAAGAAUUGUGUCGAUACAUUCUACCGAAGUUCCCUGAACAAGCCAGAGGAAACAUGUGUUCUCAGGUGUGCUGAAAAAUUCUUGAGGUUUUCAAUGCAAGUCGGUGUUAAAUUUUCAGAUAUCAACCAAGGGGCAUCUACAACAGAUAAACAAUGAUGUUUUGUUCUAUCAAGGCUUAAAUAUUUCCUAGGAGGUUCUUCGGCCGAGUAAAUUUCGAUCACUUCUCUCUUGAAGGGUGGUUUUCUGUUGAGGAUUCUAAUAGCAGAUUCAGAGAGAAAAGUGGCAUGAACCUGAACAAGGUCCUAUAUUGGUGCUUCUCUAAAUUCUUGUUAUUUUUGCAUAUGCUUGAAUCAUUUUUAUCUGGUAUAGGUAUUUAAGAACUGUCCUGCUAUUAUUCUAAGCAUUUUGUCUUAUUUUUCAAUCUAUAAUAUGUUCGGCAAGUUGGAUGAACUCUAUCUUUAAAAGAUUAUUGACCCUUAGAUCUCAAUAUUCAAAGGAUCAUUCUCUGGCUCUCGAUCGGGAUACCUUGGAUUCACGAAAAAUAGAUGAUUGAUUCAACAA